AGUUUUGCGACUUGCCGAAAAUCAAGUCGUUGCAAUUUUACCCAGAAGCGUGACUUUUGGAUGAGUGAUACGUAUCGCAAAUAUUAACACGUUAAAGAAGGUUCUACAUACAUGUUGAUGGUUAUUGUACUGAUUUAAAACUCUAGGAUGGCACUUUAUAUGAAAGCAGCAGAGAUUCUUGGUAAAGUGGAGCAAAAGAAGGGAGCUGUGAAAACUCUGGUGUACGAAAGUAAAUUUCAGAAUAUAAAGCAACUAUUUGCCCUCGUGUGUGAGACUCAGAAAUAUUCCCCAGUGCUUCAGGAGAUUAUCGAGAACACCAGGCUUCUGAAACACACCAACCUCCGACAGAAUUUAGCAAAGGUUCUAGUUUACGACUUGCUCAUUGGCCAGGGAAUAAAAUGUGGUGGAAGCUGGAAGGCAAUGAUGUUAAAACACCGCUCCAGACUACAAGCUGCUUUGGCUCGAAUUAAAGUCAAGCGGAAAGUCAGUCGAAACCAGGACCUGCUUUCUCCCAGUUCGCACUAUAAAAAUGAGAUUCCACGGUACGUACGAGUGAACACACUGAAAACGACGGUGGAGGAUGUCAUUGAUUACCUGAAGAGAGAGGGAUUUUCAUAUCAAGGAAAAGCAAGCCAACUUGGUGAUUUAUGCUCUCUCUCUGGGAAGACGUUUAUGAAUGACCUUCACCUCAGAGAUCUUCUUGUUUUCAGUGCAAAAAUGGACUUCCAUAAUCAUUACCUGUAUAAAGCAGGGCACAUUAUCUUGCAAGACAAGGCCAGUUGUCUCCCUGCGUACCUUCUGGACCCCCCAGUUGGAGGCCAUGUGAUUGAUGCAUGUGCAGCACCUGGGAAUAAAACCAGCCAUCUGGCAGCCAUCAUGAAAAAUAAAGGAAAGCUGUUUGCCUUCGACCUUGAUACAAAGAGACUGUCAACCAUGAGCACUCUUCUACUUCGUGCUGGAGUCACAUGUCAUCAAUUGGCCAAUGAGGAUUUUCUUAAGGUGGAUCCACUUUCCCCAGCAUACAAGGAGGUGACACACAUCCUACUUGAUCCAUCAUGCAGUGGUUCAGGAAUGGUGUGUCUGCAUGAUGGUAACCCAGAGGAGCAAGAGCAGGACCCCGAGCGUCUGAAGGCACUAGCAGGAUUUCAGCUACGCUGCCUGAACCAUGCACUGAAGUUCCCAAAGCUUCAACACCUUGUCUACUCUACCUGCUCCGUCCAUCCUCAGGAGAAUGAGGAAGUUGUGUCUGCUUGUCUUGAGAAAAAUUCGGAUUUUAGAUUAGUUCAUCUUCUUCCUGAGUGGCCUGAGCGAGGUUGUGACCCACUGAUGCAGUGUCUCAGAGCCAGUACUACAAAAACCUUCACUCAUGGUUUCUUUGUAGCAAUGCUGGAAAGGCAGGCUACUCCGAACACUGAAAGCUUUGACAAAAAGCCUGCUUCCGUAAGUGAACUUUUUGUUGAAGAGAAACAAACAGAGGUAUUUGUGGAACAACAACUACAACCUCCUGCAGUAAAGAAAAGGAAGAGAAAAAAACCCAAAAUGUAGAAAUUCCCAAAUAUUCAUUUCUGAUAACUAUUAAAUAUGUUCUGUUUUAUGAAA